AUGGACGGAACUUUGGACGGAGCGAACAGUGGGAACCCGGAGGUGAUGGCUGGUUCCACCAAGGAAUUUCAGUGCGACUUGGUUCCAUUGGACGCUGCCGAAUCCUUGAAUGGGAUAUGGAAAGCGUCGGUGCAGCCGGCGGGAGCGGCCGUGGCGACUGAGUUGGAAGGCGGGAAGCGGGUGAAAAUCACCCAAACAAAUGCACAAGGCUAUCAAAACCAGCCGAGUUCCUUCACAGUGUCGUGCAGAUUCUCCACACCAGACGGGACGGAAAUAGUUUUCAGCGCUAUCAAAACCAGCCGAGUUCCUUCACAGUGUCGUGCACAUUCUCCACACCAGACGGGACGGAAAUACACAGUUUUCAGCGGACAAUAA